AUGCAACAAUUCUCCCUCUCCUACCACUCGAUAUACACGCGGAAUUGGCGAGUCGUCGGCGCCAUCUGGGUCCUGUGCGGAUUGUGUACAAGUGGGUGGAUGACUCGAAGACGAGCAGAAUUAGGAUCAGCGUGAAAUUCUGCGUCGAAUGGUAUAUAAUAUGGCUGGGUUUGAAGCAAUAAAGUGUUUUGGGAAAACUAGUCCCUCAAGUCGGAAAGUUAGGCCAUGCAUGACGCGCAGAAUUUCACGCUGAACUCGAAAAUCCCGUUGACAACUUUAAAAAACUUGCAGCGGUGCUCCAAACGCUCGUGCUCAUCCAUCCGACGUGGAUCGGCAACGACGAGGGCGGCUAUUUCGGGCUCUACGACUAUUGCGGCACGAAUGAGUGUCCGUGGAGUCCUUUUAGGUACACUUUUAAACGUUUUUAAAUAUAUUUUCGCGUUCAGAGUCCGUCCGCUGAGUAUGUGGUUCGAAAUCGCCGCGUUUCUAGUGCUCGCCGCCACAGUGCUGAGUUUUUUGGCCAUUUUUUCGAUUUUAGUAGGUUUUUUUCGAGAAAAACCAUAGAGACGACACUGUUUUUGCAGCUUUUGGUGUUGCUCCGCGACCGUCACGCCUUCAUCCUCUGCUCGUGGCUCCACUUUUUCGCUUGUGAGUUUUCUAGGCCACGGCCACCGUCCCCCAAUCGAAUCGACACUUUUUCAGUCGUGUUCAUGUUGUCCGGAUGCAUACUCUACCCGUACGGAUGGGAGAAUCCACGUGUGCGCGAGAUUUGCGAGUCGCGCAAAUAUCAGCUGGGACUCUGUCAAAUUCGAUGGCCGUUCCUGCUCGCUCUGGUGCUCGUCUUCGAUCAACUGUGUCUUUGCUGUCUGGGAUUCGCGUUGGCGCUCAAAAAACCGCCGAAAAUACCCGAACUUCACUCCCUAACCGGUUAGUUUGCGAGGGCCGGCCUAUCGAUCGGUAUACAUACGUACAACAGAGUUGAGCGGAAGAACUCACGGAAGAAUUUUUAUCUUUUUUAGAAAAUUUUUUCAUGAAAUGUGAUCAACUGACGAAAUGUAGAGCAAAGUGAACUGUGCUCAUAGAAAAAUAAUUGUAAAUUUAACUUUUCAUACAAAAAAGUUAUUCGAGUUGUUUCGUGAAAAAGGGGGCUAACGGAAGACGGAACUCGAAUAACUUUUUUGUAUGAAAAGCUAAAUUUACAAUUAUUUUUCUAUGAGCACAGUUCACUUUGCUCUACAUUUCGUCAGUUGAUCACAUUUCAUGAAAAAAUUUUCUAAAAAAGAUAAAAAUUCUUCCGUGAGUUCUUCCGCUCAACUCUGGUAUACAACAUCAUUGCCAGUUUCGAAAGAAAAUCGAUUUUGGGAAACUAGUCCCCCCCAAAUUGGCAAGUUAGGCCAUAGAGUUUUCAGGCCCGACCGUCAUCAGCAACACGAUUCAACCGGUGCCGCGACCGCGUAAAAUGUCGCUUCAAGACUCGUUCUAUUCACAUUCCGGAUCUCGUCUAGAACUUUGA